AUGUCUGACCGUCACGAAGGUCCGGUGGACAUCCUCGCCGAGGAGAUGUCUGACAUGUUUCAUUACUAUUUCGAUUCGAGCCAGGACGAGGGCACCGAUGAUGAUGUAGACAUACAUGCAGAUAUCUACAUGGACGGCGACAUCGAUAUCAACGCAGAAUUUGAGUCGGCUGACGAGGAGAUUAAUGAGCAUAUUGGCGCAGACGUUGAUCCAAGUGACGAGUAUAGUAUUGGCGAUAUUGCCGUGGUUCCCCAUGGUUCCGAGGACGAAGCGGUACUCCGCCCCGACUCAUCAGACCGCCCCUGGGUCGUCUUUCCGGAGGAUCAAAACCUAUCGAUUUUCAUGAACCGUUAUGGAGGACUCGUUGUCCGCCUUCUCGGCGGCAACGACCACGGCGGCACCUCCUAUGCUCGCGCCAUGGAGUCAUUGACGCCCAUCCGGUACCGCCCUCUCGGGUCGCAGCGCCGCAACUGCUACCGCCUGAAGAUAACUGAGCAGAACAUGAACAUCAUCCGCAUGGCCAUCAUGUUCCUGAUAACCAAGAAGGACACCCUCUACGCCAUCUACCGAGGCGAGCACGCCGACCUGUUCUGCGAUUUUUUCUACCGCCACCCCGAGGAGUACGAGUCGGACGAGCACUGGACCGAGAUGAUCGCCGCGGCCCACGCCUGGAUCGGCAACGGCAAGCUGCUCGUCGAGCGCUGGACCAGCAAGAAGCAGCGCAAGGACGUCGCCGUCGAUCUCCUGUUCGCGCGCCUCAACGACGCCGGCGCGAAGGAGUACUUCAACCUCGUCGAGGACGAAGUCGAGGAAGCGCCUGACCCGAAGGCCGUCUGCCUCUGGGAGUCCGAGGAGGCGAUGUCGCUGCUCUUCGACUGGGAGUGCCCGCUCAUGGAGAGCCUGGCCAACCUGGAAGGAGAGGACGAGAGUUUCUCGGACGCGGGAUGGAGUUCGAGUGGGAAGAGUAAUGGAAGCAGUGCUGAUGACGGAGAGGAGGACGAGGAGGACGAGGACGAGGUGGAUGGUGCUUCGGAUCAAGAAGAUAUUGAUGAGUGGACAAGUGAUAUUUCCGGGCAUUGA